CUCCAACUAGUUUUACCUUCACCAGGCAGCAGUCUUCUCGUUUUCCUCCUCCGGCGUCCCGUCCCUGGGAGCCUCCAGCGCCAUCCUCGGGCCCGCUUGCCUGCACCUCCCGAGGAAGGAAUGGCCUCGCUUCCUCCCGCCGGCGCCGCGGGCGCCGACUCCGACCAGCUUUUGGUAGAAGCAAAUGAUUCUACACGGACACUGAUUUUGAACAGGCCAAAGCAGCUGAAUGCACUCUCCUCCGCAAUGAUUAUGGGACUCUUGAGGUGUUUCACUGCUUACGAGAAAGAUGAUGGAGUUAAAUUGUUGAUUAUGAAGGGGAAAGGAAGAGCAUUUUGCGCUGGAGGUGAUGUUGCUGCAGUUGUCCGGGCUAUAAACAAUGGCAGCUGGAAAUAUGGUGCUGAUUUCUUCCGAAAUGAGUUUUUGUUAAACUACAUCAUUGCAACGUAUAGCAAACCUCAGGUUUCUCUUCUUGCUGGAAUUGUUAUGGGUGGAGGCGCAGGUGUUUCCUUACAUGGAAGGUUUCGAGUUGUGACCGAGAACACGGUUUUUGCAAUGCCAGAGACAGCAUUGGGACUCUUUCCAGAUAUAGGGGCUUCUUAUUUUCUGUCUCGGCUACCUGGUUUCUAUGGAGAGUAUGUUGCUCUUGCUGGUGCAAGAUUGGAUGGUGCGGAAAUGCAUGCGUGUGGUCUGGCAACUCAUUUUGUCCAGAUAAAUAGGCUGCCAUCACUGGAGGAAUCACUUAAAAAGGUGGACACCUCCAAUCCUUUUGUUGUGUGUGGUAUUAUUGAUCAAUUUGCUCAACAGCCAUCACUGAAAGAAAACAGCUCUCUGAACAGGCUGGAAAUCAUCAACAAAUGCUUUUCCAAAAGAACAGUUGAAGAAAUCAUAUCUGCUCUUGAACAAGAAACUUCAAAUUCGGCAGAUGAAUGGAUUGCUUCUACAAUCCAGUCCUUGAAAAAGGCCUCUCCUACCAGUCUGAAAAUCUCUCUCAGAUCGAUAAGAGAAGGGAGAAUACAAACUGUUGGGGAGUGCUUGCGUCGGGAAUAUAGAAUGGUUUGCCAUGUCAUGCGUGGUGACUUCAGCCGUGACUUCUUUGAGGGAUGCAGGGCUAUACUGGUAGAUAAAGAUCGAAACCCAAAGUGGAUGCCUCCAAGGUUGGAACAAGUGCAUGAUGAGGCGGUUGAACAAUAUUUCUCCAGAAUCGAUGACCCACAGUGGGAAGAUUUGGACCUACCUGCAAGACGUUCCUAUGGAAGAAUUAUUGAGUCCAAGCUUUGAUUGGAAGUAUCACACUGCUGAUAAAAUAAAAGCUGAACAUAUCUUGUAGGUCAAACUUCUGUCACACAAGAAAUUCUAUUGUUUAUUGAAGAGAGCUGUGGCUAUUUUAAAAUCGGUGGAAAACUUUUUCUCGUAGUCA